AUGCAGGGGGAAACGAAUAGGAACCCGGAUCCAAAAACUCGAGCCUGGACGUACGGUGCCUUUCUUUUUGGUUCUGCGUUUUGGAAUUCAGGCAUUGAGCUUGUAGGGUGCGGUGUUGGUGGUCACGAUACACUACAUACACGUCUUAUACAUACAUACUACGAAACAAUCUACAUACCAAGGGGGGACGGCUACACUCCCAAUUCCUCUCCAUACAUCCUUCUGCCUAGCCAUCGCCCACGCACAGCCUACCUUGAUACCAUCGCUACCGCCUGA